GGAAGCUUAAUGUUUUUAAAUCGGUAAAACUUGACUCUGAUCUUUCUAUAUACCCCGUGCUCUCCAAAACAACAUAAGAAAGUGGUGUAAAACAUGGCGAGUGGAGAGGAGGCUGAAAGACGCCCCUCGGUUUCCUCCUCUUCGGUUGUCCUGGAGGCUUUGUUCCCUGCUGGCUCAUCGGAGCAGGCCUGUGUGGAGGGAAACCCGGAGCUCGUGCGCCUACGGGAGCGUCUACAGGGUUGGUUAUCGCAGUACGAGCUCCUGCUGCUAUGGGUGCAGAGGCUGCUGGUCUGGGAGAGGCCGUUGUACAGCAUCUGUGUCGCCCUGACACUCAACACAUUAUUCUGCCUAAUGCUAACAUGGAAGCCCACGUUGCCCAUCAUUACUGUUCAAUGUGCAGAGGCUCACCCUGUGCAGAGUGAAACAAUGGGAGUGGAGCAGCAUCUGCUCAGUGUUCCUGAGCUCAGCCACCACCUAGCUGAGAGCUACCUGACCUGCUGUCUGUACCUGCAGGAGAUGCUGCAAUACAAGCGACAGAAUCAUGGCAAGUUCUGUGUGAUGAUGUGCAGUGGCUGUUUUGUACUUGCCAUAGUUGGACAUUAUGUACCAGGAAUCAUGAUCUCCUAUAUUAUAGUCCUGAGCGUGCUUUUGUGGCCACUGGUGGUGUAUCAUGAACUCAUCCAGCGAAUGUACACAGCCUUGGAGCCAAUCCUGAUGAAACUGGACUACAGCAUGAAGGGAGAUACAGAACACCGCAAGCAUGACAAGAGGAAGGUGAAGAAAGAGGUUGACGAAGGUGAUGAGCCAAGAGCUGAAACAGAGAGUGAGAGCGAGGAGGAGCUGUCCUGUUUUGCCCCAACGGUGGAUGUGAAGACUACAGCUCUGGCGAUGGCCAUCACAGACUCCGAGCUGUCGGACGAGGAAGCAUCCAUCCUGGAGAGUGGUGGGUUCUCAGUGUCCAGAGCUACCACUCCUCAACUCACUGAUGUCUCUGAAGACUUGGACCAGCAGAGUUUACACAGUGAACCAGAGGAGUCCUACCUGCGGGAUCUCCCUGAGUUCCCCUCAGUCGAGGAGUUCCCGUCCAUUGAGCACAACCUGCUCAACUUUCCUCUGCGAGGCCCCAGGCAAGGAGGUGGAGCCCAGGCUGGUGCUCAGUCAGAGGGGGAGCCAUUGAGCCCCACCAGCCUCCUGAUCCAGCACCUAGCAUCCCCACUGCAUUUUGUGAACAUGCACUUCAACGGACAUGGACGACCACCAGAGGGUGAGGAAGGAAUGUUUCCUGUGCCAGGUGCAGGGGUGGAAGCGGGCAGGCAGGGGGGUGAGGAGAAAGAAGCUGCCAUGACCCAGGAUGCACAGCGGUCCCUGGAAGCCUUGAGUGAGGAGAUUGUGAGUACAGCCAUCUCCACCGUAGUGCAGAACACACUGUCAGCCCUGCUGUGCUCCAGCGAGGAGCCCUCCCUGGCUGAGUUCCUUCCCACUGAAACUCCACCGAGUGCUCUGGAGACUUCCAGUCAACCAAAUGACACCAACACUGCAGUUACCACAGUAGGGGCACUGGAGCCUGAUGAGGUGAUUACAACAGAAAGCGGCGCCAGCGAGGAGAUGCCUGACGACACACUAGUUGCAGCUGAGGAAGAGGACUUUGAGCUUCUGGACCAAAGUGAACUGGAGCAGGUGGAUGAAGGGCUAGGCCUCAGCUCUGACAGACAGGCAGACGGAAGAGCUCCCAUCGCCUCAACAUCGAUCACAAUUAUAGCUUCCCUGUUGAACCCCACCUCCAACUGUUGUUUUUAUUUCUACCUUAGAACUACAUUAUAUCCAUACUUCUGUAUUCAAAACAUUUAUCAAAGAUUUGGUGUUUAAUACUGUUGAUUGGUCAUUGUGUGGCACAUGGUUGAGUUUAUUCAGUGCAUUCUGCCUUCAUACCCACACAUUACAGGAACUGUUCAGCCAGACAUUAAGAGUUCAAAGGUUUGAUUAUGUAACUAUUAAUAUAUGCUAUAAAUUAUUUAAUUUAAUGGUCAGUUGGUUAAACUCUGUUGAGCUGAGAGGCAGAUUGAAAGUAAAUUUUACCUUUUAGUUACCUAGAAUGAUUGUUAUGAUAAUCUAAUGACAUCCAGGUUUAAUUUGUGGUUGCAUAUUCCCAGAGUUGGACUUUGUAGACUAACACUUUUUCCUCCAAGGCUCUAGUUUCGACAGGCACUCAGUCAUUAGUUGUCUUUCACUUGUUGCCUGGAAAUGAAAAGUUAAUUUCUGACACUGCUGGAUGCUGACAAGUAGUAGAUCAUCAUCCAUAAGCAUAAGUGACUUCAAUGUGACAAGAUAAAAGAAUUGUUUCUGAAUUUCCUGUGAUGCCUUCUUUUUAUUGACAUUUGUGAAUGGACUUUAAUUUCAUAUAUCCAUAUGUAAUUGGUCCAUAUGUAACUGAAUUUAUUCUUGAUCUACAGUUUUGUUGAAAAUCACAGGCUUUUUGAGAGUUAGGCUUGUCUGUACCCAACUAUUUGUACAUGUAUAGUCAUCACUGGGAUAUGUAUAUUUAGCAAAUAACCUAUUUUGUGCCACAACAAGUCCAUGCAUGCCAUGAAUCAUGCAUGUAUUUACAAUGAUCAAUAUUUGAGGUCAAUUUUUAAGUGUUACUUUUAUUAGAGCACUUUUUUCCUGUUUUUGAAGGGACCUAAAACUUGGCUCACUCAUUAUGUAUCUGGCCACAGCUGGUAAUUU